ACACUUGCAUCCUCCCCUCCAGCAGCCGAUGUCCCGCCUCCGCCUCCGCCUCCGCCACUCCACCUCCAUCGCGCCGGUGCCCCACCUCCGCUCCUCCUCCAUCUCCACCUCGCCGCCAUCACGCUCAUGGUAUCCCCAUGCCGCCUUUGCCGCUGCCACAGAGCGCGCCCGGGCUGGGGCGCUCACCCCGGAAGACGCACACCACCUGUUCGACAAAUUGCUACGGCAGGCCACUCCGGUCCCCGCGCGCUCCCUGAACGGCUUACUUACGGCCCUCUCCCGUGCGCCGGACACUGAAUCCUGCAGAGACGGCCCCGCCCUCGCCCUCGCCCUCUUCAACCGCAUCCGCAGAGAAGAGGCCGUCUCCCGGGUGGUGUCGUCCACAAUCUUCACCUACGGCAUCCUCAUGAACUGCUGCUGCCGCACGCGUCGUCCGGAACUUGGGCUUGCCUUAUUCGGGCGUGUCCUCAGGAUGGGCCUGAAGACAAAUGUGGUGGUCGUCAGCACUGUUCUCAAAUGCCUCUGCGGCGCCAAACGGACAGAUGAGGCUGUGAACAUCCUGCUACAUCGGAUGUCCGAGCUCGGGUGCGUGGCUGAUGCCUUCUCAUACAACAUUGUUCUGAAGAGCUUAUGUGAUGAUAGCAGGAGCCAGCGAGCACUCGACCUGCUCCAGAUGUGGGAGAAAGAACGAGGUGUCUGCUCUCCCAACGUAGUGACGUAUAACACGGUCAUCGGCGGAUUCUUUAAGGAAGGUGAAGUAAGCAAGGCAUGCAAUCUAUUCCAUGAAAUGGUGCAGCAAGGGGUUGUGCCUAAUGUGGUGACAUAUAGCUUGAUUAUUGAUGCGCUGUGCAAGGCCAGAGCUAUGGACAACGCAGAGUUGUUCCUCCGGCAAAUGAUUGAUAAAGGUGUUCGACCGAACAAUGUGACAUAUAAUGUCAUGAUCCAUGGAUAUUCCACUCUGGGCCAGUGGAAAGAAGCGCGUAAAAUGUUCAGAGAAAUGACAAGACAGGGUCUCGUACCAGAUAUUGUUACUUGGACCUCGUACAUGGCCUCUCUCUGUAAGCAUGGAAGAACCAAAGAAGCUGCCGAUUUUUUUGUUUCCAUGAUUGCCAAGGGCCACAAGCCUGAUUUGGUCAUGUAUCAUGUUCUGCUCCAUGGGUAUGCAACCGAAGGAUGCUAUGCUGAUAUGAUUAAUCUCUUUAAUUCAAUGGCAACCAAAGGUAUUGUACCCGAUCGUCAGGUUUUGAACAUUUUAAUUGAUGCACAUGCUAAACGCGGAAUGAUGGAUGAAGCUAUGCGCAUAUUUACUGGAAUGCAGGGACAAGGAGUGUGUCCGGAUGUAUGGACAUAUUCAACUCUAAUAUCUGCACUUUGCAGAAUGGGUAGACUGGCUGAUGCUAUGGAUAACUUCAGUCAGAUGAUUGGUAAGGGAGUACAACCGAACACAGUUGUUUAUCACUCCCUAAUUCAGGGUUUCUCUAUACAUGGUGAUUUGAGGAAAGCCAAGGAGUUGGUUUAUGAAAUGACGAACAAAGGUAUUCCUUGUCCAAACAUUGCAUUCUUCACUUCUAUAAUGGACGGUCUAUGCAAAGAAGGAAGGGUUAUGGAUGCACAUGAUAUCUUCAACUUGGUUACAGACAUAGGUGAGAAACCUAACAUCAUUACGUUUAAUACGCUGAUUGAUGGAUAUUGCUUAAUCAGUGAUAUGGAGAAAGCAUUUGGAGUACUUGAUUCCAUGGUAUCAGCUGGCAUUGAGGCUGAUGUUUUUACAUAUAAUACACUUGCUGCUGGCUAUUGUAGAUGUGGAAGGAUUGAUGAUGGGUUGAUUCUAUUCAGAGAAAUGUUGCAUAAGAAACCUAAACCCACAACAAUUACGUAUAACAUCAUAAUGGACGGGUUAUUUCGUGCUGGGAGAACAUUUGCUGCAAAGAAAAUAUUCCAUGAGAUGACCGAAAGGGGAGUAACAGUGAGCAUUUCCACAUACAGUAUAAUCCUUGGAGGACUUUGUAGGAAUAAUUGUUCUGACGAAGCGAUCACCCUCUUUCAGAAAUUAGGAGCAAUGAAUGUGAAGUUUGAUAUUAAAAUACUCAAUACCAUGAUCAAUGCCAUGUUCAAGGUUCGAAGAAGAGAAGAAGCUAAUGGUUUGUUUGUUGCAAUAUCAGCCAGUGGGAUGGUACCUAAUGCUUCUACCUACAACGUAAUGAUAGGAAAUCUUCUAAAAGAAGGAUCAGUGGAAGAAGCUGAAAAUAUGUUCUCAUUAAUGGAGAAGAGUGGUUGUGCUCCAGACUCUCGUCUUAUAAAUAAUAUCAUCAGAAUAUUAUUGGAAAAUGGUGACGUUGUCAAGGCUGGAAAGUAUAUGUCUAAAGUUGAUGGCAGGAGCAUCUCACUUGAAGCUUCAACUACUUCGCUGUUGAUGUGUCUCUUUUCAAGUAAAGGGAAAUAUCGGCAACAAAUCAGUUUGCUCCCUGUAAAUUACCAUUUUUUCAACGGAGUCAGUUGAUGCACCGGAUUAGGCAGAUAAACAUUGGCAUGGUUUGGAGCUCCCUAUCAAUGAUGUCAACAUGAGUUCUCUUCCAUGCGCUCACAAGAUCGAGCUGUGUGUUGGUGCCACCAUAGCGUUUUGGCCCGAUGCAUGUGGCUGCUGGGCGUGCAUCCUAUGGACAUCGCCCCUAAUCUGCAUGUCAUUUCCAUCCACAAGGCAUGCCUUGAUGUUGUUUUCCUUAUUUUCGCUAGAGGGAGCAAUAUGGCCAGCAAAUUUCACAUUUUCUUCUCUGCUGAUAGCACAACUCAAGUGGCAAUGGAUACAUAAAUAAGUACCCAACUGGUCUUUUCCUGAAAGAUGCAAACCGUUUGAGGUUAGAGCUGGCACUGUAGUGAGAUCAGAAGAAUGGCAAUUAGCUCUUCAAAGAGGACUGAAACUAUUCUUUUGGCAGUCAGGUGUUGGCUCCAUAUUUCUAACUAGAGGAGGUGAGUAUUGUGUAGGAUCUAAAAAUAGAGGCUUCCUCCUGUAGGCACAUUGCUGCACGCCCAUAGCCCGUCUUAAAUCUCCCUCUGGGUGUUCAUCUCUAAGAAGAGGGCCUACUAACUCACGGUACCUCCUCCUAUCCUUGAUCUAGGGCUUUGUCUGUUGAUCAAUCAUGAAUUUAGCUUAGCAGUCGGAAAGAAAUAUUGUCCAGCAUAUUUUCAAAUAAAAUCUAACAAAGCAUUCUUUAGAGGGGAGUAUAUUUUUGCAGCGCAGUACCCACAUGUGCCCAUCAGUCGAGUUGAGAUGUACUAUGUCUUCUCUUCUCCCAAACCGGUCCGAGCUUUGCGAGCCCAAAGCCUGGGAGUUUAUGGUUGUAUUUCUCAUCAAGGAUGUUGGGCGACUUGAAACCUCGGUAGAUGACCAGCUAGUUCAUCUUCUCAUGGCGGUGUUUGACCACCCCCCUAGCAGUUAUGUGGCCUAUCUUCAUCCUGAUAUGCAGCUGAGUGGUAUUGGAGCAGAAUUGUAAUCAACAAUGACUUCAGUUCAACUUAUAAUUUCUUGUACUUGUAUCAUAAAUGAUACACCAGUAGGCUUUGAUCCUCUGCGCAGUAUCCUGCUAAGCUCACCAAGUUUGGAUGGCACAAGAGGCCGAACAUCAAGAUCUUGACUGGGAACUCUGUAGCCUUAUAAUCAGUUAAGGUCUAGUUGCUUCACAGCCACAAGCUAUGAAUAAAAAAUAACAAUUGAAGCAGUGAGCAAUUUGUUGCAAGCAGCAAGCCAGCAAGACUAUCUGAAGGAUGUUUAUCAUCAAGGCGUUAUUGUAUACCCGGCCAUUUUCAUGGUGGCCCUUGUUGACCCUGUCCAGACACCAUCUCCCAGAACAAGAAGGCAGUCAAGACGGAAGUUCGUGGUGGCUGUCGCUAGCUCACGGAAUUUGAAUGCCUUUGCACUUUUGGCCAUGGCAGAAGUUUCUGCAGGUUCACUAUCUGCUGUUAUUUCUGAUGAUUGUUGGUGUUUUGGAGACACGGAUGAUGGCUCAUUCCACUUUUCGUGAGUGCCAGGAGCAGACUCCACGGUUGUACCAGAUUCCUCGAGGGGCGCUCCAGAAUGCAUUGAGGCGGUGGCGCUCGCUCACAACCAUUCAAGGCCUGAAGCGUUCGCCUUGGAUGCCACCUUCUUCUUAGGCUUGAAGCAUGAAAAGCACUUUUGCAUUUCAACGCUGUAUAUAUCCUCCCAAGUCCCAACCUCUCUACCGUGAAGAUGAAGCCUUGCGCUUCGUCGGCCACAGCCACGGCCACAGCCACGAACUGGAUUUUGUUCAUGCCUGGCGUCUAAUCUUGCACCGCAAAUCAAUCUUUGUUUAGUCGGAGCUUCAGAUCAUGGGUAGGCGGGAACGGCCGCAUCGGAGUUUUCUUUUGUACUGUAAAAAUAGAUGUUCUGAACUUGGAUCAGUCGGUCUCUAUCCAUAUACAAAAUGACAAUGCGCGUGUGUGACGUCGCGCUAUUUA